AAAUGCUCGGAUCAAAGCUUUGUUUCAAAUGCUUUUAUUGUGAAAGGUUUAGGCGGAAGUUAGUUAGCGGUGGAUGCAACAGCUAGCUAGUUCUGUGAGGUUCGGUUUAGUGCAGUCAGACCCAGGGAACCAUGGCCUACCAGCUGUACCGGAACACCACGCUGGGGAACAGCCUCCAGGAGAGUCUGGACGAACUCAUCCAGACCCAGCAAAUCACCCCCCAGCUGGCCCUGCAGGUUCUCCUCCAGUUCGAUAAAGCCAUCAACGCAGCGCUGGCCAGCCGGGUCCGGAACCGGGUCAACUUCAGGGGUUCUCUGAACACCUACCGGUUCUGCGACAACGUUUGGACCUUCGUUCUGAAUGACGUGGAGUUCAGGGAGGUCACAGAGCUGGUCAAGGUCGACAAGGUGAAGAUCGUCGCCUGCGACGGAAAGAAUUCGGGCUCCAACGCUGCAGAGUGAUCCUCCAUCGGCUGGACUGUACAGAUAACUUAUACAGCACAGUUACACGAGUGUGUGUGUGUGUGUGUGUGAGAGAGUGUGUGUGUGUGUGUGUUUUUUAUUCCCAUCAGGAGAAGUGUGUUCAAUUUGUUGAAUCAUCUUUAAUAAUAAAAGUUGAUGGAAAGCUGC